CAAGCAGGAAAGCAAGCAGAGAUUAGAGAAAAAUAUAUAAGGGCUUCCCUGUAUUCUAUCCCCAGUGAUCUCAAGUUACUUUGGCAGCACUCAUCAUGAGCACGCUGGCAGUGUACAGGAACAUCUACACGGAAGAGCAGUUUCAAAAGGUGUAUGGCACAGCUAAGGACCUGGAGAGGCCUCCACUCUCUCUAAGGGAGAGGAUAGCCAGGAGCUGCAAAUGUUCCUCUCAUUCUAUUCAUACUUUUCUUAAGCAAAGGAUCCCUAUUGUGGCCUGGCUGCCCAGGUACAAGCUGAAGAAAUGGAUUCUGGGAGAUCUCAUUGCUGGUCUGACAGUUGGCAUCGUUCAUAUCCCGCAAGGGAUGGCCUUCGCGUUACUAACGUCAGUGGCUCCAGUUUAUGGACUCUACACAUCUUUCUUUCCCGUUGUCCUCUACAUGUUACUUGGGACUGGACAUCAUGUUUCUACUGGUACAUUUGCUGUGCUAAGCCUGAUGACUGGCUCAGUUAUUGAUGAACAUCUUGUCCAGAAUCCUUUGAAUAGAAACCUUACUGGGGAGGAGCAGUUGGAGAUCUAUGCUCAGAGAAUAGGCAUGGCAGCUGCUAUAGCCUUUUUAAUGGGACUUAUCAUGGUGAUCAUGUUUGUCCUACAGCUUGGCUUCCUCUCCACGUACUUGUCUGAGCCCAUAGUAAAAGCUUUUACCAAUGCUGCUGCUUUCCAUGUGACCAUCUCUCAGAUACAAAACAUGAUGGGGCUCCCUCUUCCACGCCACACUGGACAUUUCACCAUUUUCAAGACAUUGGUGUCUGUCUUUAGAGCUGUACAUAUGACCAAUAUAGCCGAGCUGAUUAUAUCCAUUCUCUGCUUGAUGGUUCUGAUUCCUAUCAAGGAGCUCAAUGCCCGCUUUCGUACUAAACUAAGGACACCUAUUCCUGGAGAAAUCAUCAUGGUCCUCCUCACUACUGGAAUAACUUUUGCUUCAUCUCUGGACCACCGAUACAAUGUGCAAAUAGUUGGCAGCAUACCAGCUGGUUUCCCAGUGCCUAAACUUCCUACCCUGAAAGCUAUCCCUGAUGUGAUUGGAGACACAAUUGCCAUCACAUUUGUAGGCUAUGCUGUAUCCGUGUCACUGGCUAUGAUCUAUGCAGAGAAACACAGAUAUACCAUUGACCCAAACCAGGAACUCUUGGCUCAUGGGAUAUCCAAUAUGGUCUCCUCACUCUUCAACUGUUUUCCCAGUUCUGCUACUUUGGCUACAACGAACAUUCUUGAGAGUGCUGGAGCUUACACUCAGCUUUCAGGAUUCUUCACCAGUGCUGUGGUACUAGUCGUUCUGAUUUGGGUUGGUCCUCUGUUUAAUUACUUGCCAAAGGCAGUACUCGCAUGUAUAAAUGUCGUCAGUCUCAGACAGAUGUUCAUCCAGUUCCAGGAGCUUCCAGAAUUAUGGAAAAUCAGCAAAACUGACUUUUCUGUCUGGGUGGUUACAUGGUUGGCAGUAGUAAUCCUUAAUGUAGAAAUGGGCCUGAUGGUUGGUGUUGUUUUCUCUAUGAUGACAGUGGUUUGCCGAACUCAAAGGACUCAGUGCUCCGUCUUAGGAAGAGCAGUCAAUACAGAAAUAUACCGACCAAUAGACCAAAAUGACAAGUGCUAUGAAAUACCAGGCGUGAAGAUCCUGUCCUAUAGUGCUCCGAUCUACUAUGGCAACAGGAACAUUUUUAAGGAAACUAUGUGCCAAAUUGUGGGACUGACACAAGAAAAAAUACGAAAGAGAGAAAAAGCCCUAAAAGCCCUGGAGCAGGGCAGUAAUAUGAGUAUCACAGUGGUGGAUGUUGGAAUAGCAAAUCCAGUUUAUCGUGCAGAUGGAUGUAAAACAAAAUCAGAAACAGACCCUGAAAUCAGGUCGCUUAUCAUUGACUGCAGUGGUGUCAUAUUUAUUGAUAUUGCAGGAGCCCGUCUGUUCAUACAGAUGUGCAUUGAGUGUCAGAAGGCUGGAAUGCAUUUGCUGUUAUCUGGAUGUAAUGCAAAGGUUCUUAGAACACUGGUGUCUAUUGGUAUCAUGGAUCAUCUCACUGAAGAGCAGGUCUUUGUAACUCUGCACGAUGCCGCAUGUUACGCAGAGCAAAAUAUGGACGACCUUACACGGAAAAGUCCAAUGGUGUGGGUUUGACCAUUUCAUUCGCUGAAAUGAGGAUAGACUUGAUGUGUGUGUAAACACUGGAUGUGUCAGAACCAGCAGAGAACUGUGGAGUUUUAGCCCUGAAAUAAUAGGAGGUUCACUUUAUGGAAGCUUUCAAGAAAAAUGGGCAAGAUAUAGAACUGUGUGACAAGGAGCACUUACCAUUCUGUCCAAAAAGACUGACAUGAAUUUGCACAGACAGUACUGUGUAUAAAGUAUUUUAUUUUUUGUUUUAAUUUGGUGUCAUGAACACUUUACAGAUCAUGUUUAUGAGAAAGCCUUUGUAGAAUUCAGCCCUGUGCAAACCCUAAAUAUACAUUUUUACUAUGUCAAAAAAUAAAUGACUAUCCCUGAAAGCCUUUGGCUGCAGGAGGACGAUUUUGAGCAUG